UUAACGAAAAAGUGUCACUUUGUAAGGCCGGAGCGUCACCAACGCACUGGCGUCCUGUCCCUGAUGCAAUAGGAAUCUGAAGAUAACAGACUCAAGGAAGAAAUCUAGGAGCUUUAUUUUCUCUACAGAGGAGUCUGAAAGAGUCGGGCAGCGGAGAAGUACGAGGAUAUUUAGGUACAUCAGAAGAAGGGGCAGCCAGCCGGGUGAUCUGAGUAUUUCCAGGCUUUGAUGCGACCUGAUUGUGCCUGGAGCAUGUCCACAGUAGGCCUGACUGCCCAGGAGAUCUCUUUUCCCAUAGAAAACCCCUUCCUGACGGGCAGCUACUGUCACAGCAUGGCUGGAUCCAAAUCCUCUUGGAGUUAUCCCCAUGAGCUGGACAACUUCUACUUCAGUAUAGAUGCUGCACACACAAAUCACAGCCCUCAUGCCCAGCUAAAGGGGAUCUCACAGUCAGCCCAAAGUCAUGAAAGACAUAAACACAGCCCCACUUCACAGAGAUUUCUUCCAAAGAUGUCCCGGCCCUCCGAUCUCUCCCUGUCUUGCAGUGCUGAACCAUCCACCCCGAGUCCAGCUGAUGACGACCAGGUGGUCCCCUUCCUCCAGAGGCUUUCAGUGUACGAGUGCAGCAGUCCACCACAGACGCCAGAUCGAUGUUCCAAACCCCUGCCCCCCAUCCCUCCACAGACGUACAUCUCCCCUGAGCAGGCCAUAGACAGCGAGGUGGAAUUUUUCACGAGUUCGGAUGACAGCUGUUGCCUGGUGUCCGAUCAGUGUCACAAACCGUCUCCAUUCCGAUAUGGGACCUCCAGUCGAAGGAGCUUCAGGGACUGUGGGCAGAUUAACCAUGGUUACUAUGAUGGUCCUCUAGGACCGCAGAGCCCAAGGCAGUCCAAAAAGCAACAUCAGGUGCACCCUCCACAGGAGGUGCGAGGACAGUAUGAGCAGCGACAGGGACCACCUGAGGCAGUGGUCUGUCAGAGACAGCAAGAAAAAGCCCAGAGGAAGCUGCGGCGCUCACACUCCGGCCCAGCUGGAUCCUUUAACAAGCCUUCGCUGCUGCGCCUCUCGUGCCACAAACGCCACACGGAUAAACCUGAGGUACCGCCCCCUAUCCCUCCAAGACCAACCAAGACAGGAGACUACCGCCGCUGGUCAGCAGAGGUCUCAUCUGGGGCUUACAGUGAUGACGACAAACCACCUAAGGUUCCUCCGAGAGAACCUUUGUCGAGAGGCGGUUCCCGCACCCCCAGCCCCAAGAGCCUCCCGAUGUAUGUAAAUGGGGUGAUGCCCCCAACCCAAAGCUUCGCACCAGACCCAAAGUAUGUAAGCUUUCGGGGUUUACAGAGACAGAACAGCGAGGGCUCCCCUUGCAUACUCCCUGUUGUGGAAAACGGCAAGAAGGUCAGCACCACACAUUACUAUCUUUUGCCUGAGCGGCCAGCUUUUGUGGACUCACCCUGUGUAGAGAAAUUUCUCCAGGUUAUGGACAGCAGCCCUGCGGCUCGCAGUACCGAUGUAUCGAACUCAAACUGGGACUGCCACACUAGAAGGAAAGCACCUGUGGAUUUGGUUUGAGAAGUGGAAGUAGCAGAGGACUUUUCUGGACAUGAGCACAAACCACUUGAAAAAAAUGGUGAAACUGGACGCUAACAACCCUCUAACUGCUGCUUUUACUUUAUUUUUUUAUAAGCCCAUGAUGUAUUCUGAACACACAGGGUAUGUGUGCACUGUAUUCAGUUACUGGCAAUGAUAGAAUAGCGAUCACCACUGAGAUACUUCCUGUAAAAAUGUAUCUCUGACAAUAGCUUGUGGGCAAAAUGAUGUUUUAGAGCUUAUUUUUGAUAUUUCAUGACAUUCAAUGUUGUGCUGUUUUUUUCUGAUGAUGUGGUACAGUGAGAAGGUACAAGCAGGCCUUGAACCUCAUGUGUUCAGUGUUUUUUUUGUCUGGAAGGUUAAGGAUGAUUUUUGAGAUGCUGCUCUUGUAUCUCACACGGGACAAAAGGUCAGUAAUAUAACCAUGUAUCACGUAAUAUAUGAAGUCUAAAUACAAGGCCAAUAUUUUAACGGAAAUGAAGGAUGCUAGAACAUGAAUCUCCUUUCUGUUUGCUGUUAUUUAUCAGCACUGAUAUGGUUUUGAAGUUAAGGUUUUACUCAGGCCACCAUUUCUGUGUAAAUGUGUGUUUCCCACAUGGCACAAGGUCAUGGUACAUGUUGUACUGAGAGGUGGGUGCAUUACAGGUAGCUACGCAUGUUUCUAUUGGAAUGUCUAGUGCAGCUUUUAUGGUGUUGUUGUCUGUGAUGAGCGUGUCUGUGUCUGUGUUUGUGCGUAUGUUUCGUCGUGGAUGUGUUCGUGCAUAUGUGCAUGUAAACAGCAGCUGGAAAAAGUGUUGUGGUACUUUUAGAAGAUGAUGUGGUAGAAAAUAGUCAACUAUACAUGUUACUGUGCUCUGCUUGUGUGCAGCGCCUGCUUCUUUAUUUUGUCCAGGUCUGUUUCAUUGCACAGAAAAUGGCCUGUUGAAUGAACAUGAAGUGAAUGUACGCUAUUCUUACUGAAAUUCCAUCAAACAGUGGGAGGAGCUUAUUUUUGGUCAAGCUGUGACUCAAUGCUUGGAACUAAAUUGCUUCAAGUACUACCUCCCUUUAAUAUUACUUGUAUAUUUCACAUAUUCCCCAUUUAUUUAGGCAGAAACACAUUCUAAAGGUUCCCAGCUCUAUUUAUGACCUAAGACAGAGUUAAAAUUCAGUCACACUUAGUUAAUUCCAACAGGAUGUCCUUAAAAAGAGAUUUGAAAUCACUCCCAUCUAAGAUGACAAAGAUAUGAGGCUAGCCUGUUAAUACAGACGAAUUACAAAGACAGCACAGGGUUUACCUGCCUGACACAGACUUUCCUGUUCUGCUCAUGCAUUCCUGCCUUACAUGAUUGCAGUGGGUGUGGUCUGACAGACUUUGGCUGCUGGCAGCCCCAGAAAAUAUAUGAAUUUUAUUGUCGUAGAUUAUCCGAGGAGCAUCAGGAUGAUAUAGUAAAUGUAGCGCAUGUAUUGAAGUAAACCCUUGGUAUUGAACACAGUGUUCAGUUUGGGAAAUGGAGAAGUGCUGAGGUCAAACGGUCAUUGAAAUCCACCUUUUCUCUCUCUCUUCCUUUUGCUCACAAACCGCUCCUCAACACAAUGUCGCGUUUGACUUAAACGUCAGAAAAAAUGUUUACAUCACACACUGAUACUAUUUAAUCUUAAGGUAUUUUAUGUCUUAUUAGAAAAUGUAAAACUGAAUGAAGAAUCAUGAAAUAACUUCUCUGCUGUGGUGAAGACAUGCACUGGGAGAGUAUGCUGUGUACAGUAUUUAACAAUUCCAUUUGUUCUCAUUGUUUCAGUAUAUAGUCUUUAAAAGAAAGCAAAAUAAAGCAACUUAUUUAUGA